CAAUGUGACGCUUUGAGCCUACUUCCCUUUCCUCUGUCUCCGUGGUUCGGUUUCAACCCCUUCGCUUCUUCCGCAGAAGAACACGAGAAUAGGAAGGGGUUCAUCACGCCGACGGGAGGAGGAGGUGCGCCAUUCCAAUCCAACCCUGGCCCACCCUCUAGAGGGUGGGGACGUGGGGUGGAUCAUCCUCCUCGCUAGGAGAGAACUCCAUCCCCGUUAAGGCGUUAAACAUUAAUCAUGGCCACUCCAGCUGAUGGCGACGAUGUGUCGCCAUCUCCUUUCAACUCGUCGCCGGAGCCCUCCGACUCGGACCCAGGCUUGGGCUCGCCACCGCCAUCACUCACACCGUCGGUGUCACCGCCACCGGCGCCGAUGGAGAAUAGCAGCGCGUUGUCACCCCCGGCACCUGCGGCCAGAGGCUCGCCGCCGGUAGCGCCGUCAAGGGACUCCCCGCCGUCACAACCGGCUUCGAAGCACAGCGGUGGUGACUCCAACAAGAGUGGCGGCCGCAGCAAGAGCGGAAGUAGUAGCAACGAGGCAACACAGGUAGGUGUCAUCGUGGUCGGCGUGGUGAUCGGUGCCCUAGCCUUCGGCCUGCUGAUGUGCAUCGCCGCAUGCGUGUGCUGCCUCAAGAAAAAAAAGAGGAAGAAGCCCCCGCACAUGAACAUGCCAUACUACACCGACGAGCACGGGAACGUCUUCUACGCGAACAGCAUGCCCAAGUGGCAGAACAGCGCGAUGGACCACGGCUGGCACGCGCCCUACUCGCCGGCGAGCGGGGACAUGAGCGGCUCUCACGGGCCUGCCGGGCAGGUGCCGGCGCCGUCGCCGGGCAUGCCGUCGCUGGGGUUCUCCAAGAGCUCCUUCUCGUACGAGGAGCUGGCGGCGGCGACGGGCGGCUUCUCGUCGGCGAACGUGCUGGGGCAGGGCGGGUUCGGGUACGUGUACAGGGGCGUGCUCGCGGGCAGCGGCAAGGAAGUGGCCGUGAAGCAGCUCAAGGCCGGGAGCGGGCAGGGCGAGCGCGAGUUCCAGGCCGAGGUGGAGAUCAUCAGCCGAGUCCACCACCGCCACCUCGUCACCCUUGUCGGGUACUGCAUCGCCGGCUCCUCCCAGCGCCUGCUUGUCUACGAGUUCGUGCCCAACAAUACCCUCGAGUACCACCUCCACGGGAAGGGCGUGCCGGUGAUGGAGUGGCCGAGGAGGCUCGCCAUCGCCCUCGGCUCCGCCAAGGGCCUGGCUUACCUGCACGAAGAUUGCCACCCCAGGAUCAUCCACCGUGAUAUCAAGGCGGCCAACAUCCUUUUGGACGAAAAUUUCGAGGCUAAGGUCGCGGAUUUCGGACUUGCCAAGCUGACCACAGACACCAACACGCACGUCUCCACGCGCGUCAUGGGAACUUUCGGGUAUUUGGCCCCGGAGUACGCGUCGAGCGGCAAGCUCACCGACAAGUCCGACGUGUUCUCCUUCGGCGUCAUGCUCCUGGAGCUCAUCACCGGCAAGAGACCGAUUGAUCCCACGAACUACAUGGAGGACAGCCUGGUUGACUGGGCGAGGCCCCUCUUGGCGCACGCCUUGUCCGGAGAAGGCAACUUCGACGAGCUGCUGGACCCGCGGCUGGAGAACAGGAUCAACCGGCAGGAGCUGGAGCGGAUGUGUGCCUCCGCCGCCGCCGCCGUCCGCCACUCAGCCAAGCGGCGGCCCAAGAUGAAACAGAUUGUUCGUGCUCUGGAAGGGGACGCGUCGCUGGACGACCUGAACGAGGGGGUGAAGCCAGGGCAGAGCAUGAUGUUCAGCUCUGGCUCGGAGAACGACUCCGGCGGCAACUACGCGUCCAACAUCAACAGGUUCAGGAAGGUGGCCUUCGAGAGCAGCGAGUACAGCAACGAGUACAGCGGGACAAGCGAAUACGGCGCUGAUUCCGAGGAUGGGGCGUCCCGGCGGCAGCAACAUCGCUGAUCGUUUCGUGGGGAGCCUGAGUCUUCGUCAAGAUGCGUGUGUGAUGAUGUACAAUAUACCAAGGGAUCGGUGUCGAUCGUCGGAUACUAUCAGAGAUACCCAACGCUUGUGACAGCUUUAGUACUUGUAAUGAUCGUCAUACUGUCAUGUAACGUAUGUAUCUGUGCGUUUCCGUGUGGGUAAAGUGGUGCUGCUUGCUUCAACUUUUGGCGAACUUUGCUGCUAGUUGUGAUGAGCAGGCCAUCUCGUCGAAAGACGCCGAGGAUUAGGAACUUGUACCAAUGUUCUCCUGGAGUCGGAGUAACUUUCUAACUCCAUUUUACUGCUCCCUUGAUUUCAAA